CCUGUGGUUUAUGAUUGUCCAACACCCAGCUUCCAGCCAAUGAGGUGUCUACUCAGUCUGUUACCCCAAUAGGGUAGGUCAAAGAUUGGCUUAAAUAUCCAUCACAAGCACGAUGCUAAGACUGCUCUAGACCCCAGCUCUGAGCAACUAGGAGUACAGGGAAACAUACAGGCAGAUGGAGCUGUGCCUUUUGGCCUUUGAGAUUUGAGACCCAUGGCUUCUUAUCAUAUCCGAAAAUACCGGGACAGCGACCACAAGAGUGUGGUGGACUUGUUCUCCAGAGGCAUGGAAGAGCACAUCCCCACCACCUUCUGGUACAUGCUGAUGCUGCCCCGGACCCUUCUGCUCUUUUUUGGGGUCACUCUUAUCCUACUCUUGGCCUCAGGCUCCUGGAUUCUGGUCCUUCUGUCCAGCCUUAUUCUCUUUGUUUCCCUGUGGCUCCUUGCAAAAUACACUUGGGAAAAGUAUAAGGUAUUCUGUUUGCACACAGACAUAGCUGACAUCCCCACAACCUAUCUGAGCUCUCGUGACUCCUGCUUCUGGGUAGCUGAUUCUAGGGGUGAGAUUGUGGGCAUGGUGUCUGCCCUGCCAGUGGAGGAUCCCCUCCUACAGAAGAAGCAACUACGGCUACAGCACCUCUCUGUGUCCUUGGCGCACCGAAGAGAGGGGAUAGGGAAAGCCAUGGUCAGAACUGUCCUCCAGUUUGCACAGGCCAGGGGCUUCAGUGAAGUUGUCCUUUCUACCAGUAUUUUGCAGUAUGCGGCCCUGGCUCUCUACCAGAACAUGGGCUUCCAGAAGACUGGCGAGUCCUUCUACACCAUUAUCUCCAGACUAAGGAAAUCUCCACUCAUAAACUUCAAGUAUUGCCUCACAUCUGCUCAGGAAGGGGGCCUGUGAUCUAUCUCCCAUGUGUGUGUGUCCGUCAGGAGCUGAACACCACUGUAGAAGUAACAAGCAAACCCAGCUACUUCAGGUGCAAAACACUAACCCUCACGUUCAAGCACAGGUGAACCAAUAUGUUUGUGGGAGAGGUUGAGGCAAUGGCCACUCUUUGCUAUACACGCUUUCCAGGGUGUUGAUUACUUAACACUAUAGUAAUGUAUAAAAAGCAACACUAAGUAAUAAAAUUUAAUUUAGCUUGUGAA